AACGACAAAAAUAAUGAUAACGAGUCGUUCACUUUAACAACUUCUGUGAGGUCGAUUAAAUAUUUGAGUUAUUGUUAAAUAUGGCCGCCUUUAGACAAGUACCUGUUGCACCUCACAGAAAAGAAAGGCACUUUCGCCUGAAAGAUGACCUUUCUUUGAAUUUGUCAAAUGAGGAGUUACGAGAACGGUAUCGCUUUGGUAGAGAGGAAAUUAAUUUCAUUUCUAAUCUAGUCAGUGAUGAAAUAACAAGAAAAACAAAGAGAAGCCAUGCUCUCACACUGUACCACAGAUGGUCAUGGUGACCCUGAGAUUUCUAGCUACAGGCAGUUUUUUGCAAGCAGUUGGAGACACAAUAGGUUUGCACAAGGGAACUUUCUCGCGUAUUGUGUCUGAUGUGUUGACAUUACUUUGUAACAAGCGGGAUCAAUUCAUCAAGUGGCCAAGGAAUGUGGACGAAACAAGUGGAGACUUUUACCGUCUAAGUGGUUUCUCUAAUGUGCUAGGGGCAAUAGAUUGGACACAUGUCCGUAUCCAGGCUCCAUCAGAAGAUGAAGCAUCAUUUGUUAAUAGGAAAGGGGUACACUCUGUAAAUAUGCAGGCUGUUUGCGAUGCCAAAGGUAAAUUCACAAACAUGAAUGCAAACUGGCCAGGUAGCAGUCAUGAUUCCCACAUAUUCAGGACUUCACAGGUGUGCACCUACAUGGAAGAAAAUGGUGGAUGGGCAAGUGGUGUAUUGCUUGGGGAUAGUGGUUAUCCAUGUCGACCAUUACUGAUGACCCGAUAUCUGAAUCCUGUACUAGAUCAUCAAAAAAAAGUACAACAAAUGCCACUGUUCAACCAGAAGUGUAAUAGAGAGAACAUUUGGGAGGCUGAAGAGACGGUUCCAUAUAUAACACUCAGAGGUAAAGUAUAAUAGAAUUACUUUUUAUAUAAUGAUCAAUGA